GGCGGGGUGCGCCGGGGCUGCGCGGGCGGGCGGGCGGGCAGCGGCGCCGUGGCCACGGUCCCCAUCGGCACCAGUCACACCGCACAUACGCCCCGUCCGCGCCACUCCUCGCCAGCGCCGGGGGCUCUUCCUCCUCUGAUACAAAGCUGCUCGGGAAAUGGUAUUUCUCCCUGGAGCCACAGUCAAAAGCAGUUUUCCUUCUUUAUUUUGACGAAUUUAAAAAUUAUUUUUUCACGUUCUUUCUUGUGAAAAAGAAUCAAUUUCCUAAAUACAUGUAAUUUUUUUGGUGGUGGUGUGUGCGUGUUAUGUGUGGGGAAGCACCGGGCUCCUGCGAUCGGUGUCUGAAUGAAACUACGUAAAUGCCUAUGUCUGUACGUUGCACUGGAGGGAAAAACGGAGCACUUCUGCGAGAGCUUGGAUUCAAAUGUGGUUCAUCUGGUCUCCAGGAUUUUCCGGCUCUUUGGGGUUGUUCACCUUCCUGGGCUGCGAGGCGGGAUUUUCUAAGCUUUGGCAUAUCUUUGGAGAUGUCUGUUAAACAGAAGUCUGGAAAAAAACAUUUGAAAUCGUAGAGAAUUUAUUUUUCUAUUUUAUUUUUCGAGGUUUUUUUCUCAAUUUUUUUCUUUUCUUUUUUUUUUUUUUUCUUUUUUUUUUUUUUUCUUGGUCCCUUUCCCAUCACCUUGGUGACUUGAAGCAUCAAAGCGGCCAGAACUUCACGUUUCUGAAGACUUGGGAUGUUUGGGUUUUGUUCUUAUUAUUUUAUUUGUUUGUUUGUUUUUUUGUAGAGGAAACUUGACAGAGGAACAUAUUUAUAGUCCAAGUAAGUACUUUAAAGAGGAAAUUUAGUUUGUGUAACUUAAAAAAAAAAAAAGGCAGUGUUGCGGUUUGUAGCUUAAAAGUGUGUUGGAUUAAUAUUCAUCCAAGGCUGUUUAGCAAACCAUACUGAAUUGCAGUUCCUUACAGUGUGUGUUCAUCUGCUCCUUCAUGCCUGUGGUAGUUCAGCACCUAAGGGAACAUGCACCUGAUUUUGAAUCGGUAGAAUACUUUUUAAGAUGGUAUUUCAACACCGAGGAGGAAAUGGUCCUAAAGUAAAUUUAUAAUAAGCAGUAAAUGUGCACCUGGACGUAAAGUAUUUACAGCAUUUUAAUCCUUAUUUAUACCGUGCAUCUCAAACCGAGGAGGAAACACUGAGAAGACAAAAGUACCUCUGAGACCCUGAGAACUCCCCCACAUCACCAUGAAUGAAACCGUGCCCGAUACAGUAACUGGAUUAUAAUUUUUGGUGUUACUAAUUUUAUUACUAUUGGCUGCUUUACUUUUUUGGGUUCAUCCUGCUCCUCUUCUUCCUCUCUCCCUUCCUCUUGCUGCUUCCUCUUGGGAAUUAUGGCUCAUCCGGGGAGAAGAGGCUACGAUAAUCGGGAGAUAGUGCUGAAGUACAUCCAUUAUAAACUCUCUCAGAGGGGAUACGACUGGGCUGCCAGCGAGGACAGAGCACCCUUGCCUCCAGGUCUCUCUUCUGCUGCUGCUGCUGCCGUUCCUGCUGCUGCUGCUGGGACUUCCUCUGAUCACACUGGCCUGGUGCCUCCGCACCCCGAGCCCCCCGGCUCAGCUGCUGCUAGCCAUGUGCCCCCUGCCGAGGGGCUGCGCCCUGCACCCCAGGUUGUCCACCUUGCCCUGCGCCAGGCAGGGGAUGAGUUCUCUCGACGCUACCAGCGGGACUUUGCCCAAAUGUCUGGCCAGCUACACCUGACGCCCUUCACUGCCAGAGGCCGCUUUGUGGCAGUAGUGGAGGAAUUGUUUCGAGAUGGGGUUAACUGGGGCAGGAUUGUGGCCUUCUUCGAGUUCGGUGGUGUGAUGUGCGUGGAGAGCGUCAACCGAGAGAUGUCUCCACUGGUAGACAGCAUCGCUGCCUGGAUGACCGAGUACCUGAACCGGCACCUGCACAACUGGAUCCAGGACAACGGAGGCUGGGAUGCCUUCGUGGAGUUGUACGGCAACAGUAUGAGGCCUUUGUUCGAUUUCUCCUGGAUCUCACUGAAGACCAUCCUGAGUCUGGUUCUGGUGGGAGCUUGCAUCACUCUUGGCGCUUACCUUGGACAUAAGUAGAGCCAGCCGGUUUAUCGUGGAUUACAAAAGCCCUUCAAAAUAACAAAAUAACCUUCUUUUUUCUUUUCUGUAGCACAAUGAUAUUUUAUGGGCAAAACAACUUCCCAGCUAAAGAUUAAAUCAGCUAUUACUGCCAAAGGAAAUACCAUUUAUUUUUACACUGCAGGAAAAUUAUUUAUUAAAAGAUAUUUACAUGUUAACCUGCUAUUUUCAGAAACUCUGCAAGUUGUAUUCUGUCACCACAUCGUGUUGUUAUUCUUAACUUUAAUGAGCCCCAAAGUCUUGUAGGCUGUUUUCUUUUUCAAAUCGAUGCAGCUGGCUGGAUUAUUUUAUCUCUGAAGAGCAAAUAAACUGACAAAGACCUACCUGCUUACACUUACAGGGCAGUUACUUGAGCUGCUGAAGGCUGCGUAAUUGUAUUGAUUUUCCUUGCAUUUUUCCAGAUGGCUGGGAGGGAGCUGAAAGACAAGGUCAGCAUGGACAAAGUUCUUAUUCUGUCCUGCUGGCAAGAACUGGUGGGGUAUAUGAUUCAACAUGGUACAUACAUGGAGUCAAGAUGGCAACUUCUUGAAGGACACCUGAGUCUGCCUACAAGAGAACAGAUGGAAAUAUGAUUGCCUAUGCCUUGUAAACAUGCGUUUUCAAGUUAUCAGUUGUGCCAUCACAUCAUAAUCACCAUUUCCUAAUCCAUGUCAAAGCAAAUGCUUUCUAAAAUUUAAUUAUUUUUUUAUUUUAACAGAAGUGUGAAUUUAAAUCUUUGGGGCUUGCAGGAAAUUGCCAUUCCAAUUAUUUCCUCAGAAGUAAAACUUUUUUUUGUAUGGCUACUGACACAGAAACAUCAGGAGACCUUAAGUGCCUGCUUCAACAGAGCAGAGCUGGAGUCUGAAGACCUGACCUGUGUCCCACUCGAGUGGGCUCAUAUCUGCAACUAAUCCUGUUUACUUACUGAGUUCCUCUAGGGGUUUGAAACCAAUUAGAUGCAGUCUCUAAAUCCCUGAAAGUUGAAAAAAGAUCUUAAUUUUAUUUGGCAAGAAGCAGACCUCAGCUGAGUUACAGAUUAGCUCUGACUAUCCUUGUUUAUCAAACUGUGCACCAAAAGCAAGUUCAUUUUCACGACAGGAAACGAAAGUGAGCUUUAUCCUCCUGCCCUCAUCCUCAAAAUUAUUUCAUGUUAAUAAUGUCCUAAGACUGUCUGCAGAAGAAAAGAUGAUGAAGAAACUCCAAAUCCUCUCUCUGGACAGAGACUGUCUGACACCUCAAUCGCGCAGGUACUGUCAUUUUGAGCGAAUAUAGGGUGCAGGAAAAGGGAGGGGAGGGUGAAGUUAUUUGCUCAUAUUGCAAAAUGCAAUUCAAGUGACAUUAACACAGAGUACUCCAUAUACUGAGUACAUUCUACAAGCAGACCUGUGAUCUGAAACCAGAUGCAUCACCGCAUUUUAAAGUGGGGCUUUCCAUGCACUUGGACAGGGCCAGAAGUCCCAAAGAUGUCAAAAAGUCCAAAGGGUUUCCCAUGGGCUGCUCUGAGGCAUGGAAGUGUCUAGCUUCAAAUGUUUAGCUCAAGCACUCCUAUUUUUUUUUCUAUGAAACUUUUGAAAUCUGGGAUUUGUGGGUAAACGGACAUCCAGACAUAACAAGAAAAGGUUGCAAACCUCUGGACCCUACAAUACCUAAAGAAGUGCUCUAAGGGUAAAAAAAAAAAACAAAAAUAGAGUGAAUAAACUGUGGAUCCAACCUCAUGAUUUCAGUCAAAUAACUUUGUGGCAUUAUAUGCAAAAUAUGUCCAUUAACUUGGGAAUGUAAUAUGUUCAAUGUUAAGGCUGUAGUGGAUGUUGUGUCUUCAAAGCUGCUUUUUGUUUUGUUUCGUCGUUUGGUUGGAUUUUGGGGGUUUUUGUUUGGUUUUGGUUUCGUUUAAGAGUUGUACAUCUCAGCUUUUUUACUGCUAUCUAGUUACGGCACCUACACUUUGUAUGAGCGAAGAUGGAGCGAGCUUCAAGUUCCAAAGGUUGAAAAUUGCUUUGCAUUUUCUAGAAACAUAGAAAGGAAAUAUUUCUAAGAACUCAAAAAAAAAAAAAAAAAGUGACCUAUGCUUCAGGAAAGAAAGGUGAAAAAUCCCACCAUCAAAAUAACAAAAAGGCACUUGUAGUCUUUUCAGAGUGCUUCUGGCAGAAGUGGGCGUGCUCAUGUAGGGUUCCUCUGAAAAUGAUUUUAAGUGGGAGCAAAGGAAUAUUGUGAAUUGAAUGUGGGCUUUUGUGGGUUUCUUUUUUUCAGCUUCCAAGCUGAAUUUGUCUGUAGCCAAUUUCACAACUGGAGUCAGCUGGUAUCAAGCUAAUGUUUUAUUUCACCAUCUAGUCUUCAUUUCGGUUGUGCCCAUAUGCCCAUUAAAGUUCCUGAGCUAUUAGACCUCGAAUUGUUUCAAUAGUGUUUAUUUUGUUAAAGGUUUACAUUGUCAAAAGUAGUAAGAGAGUACCUAUCAAUUCCAGUGCUGCUAUACUACCAUUAGAAUUUGAAUGGGGUUUAUUUUUUAAUACCUUUCAAUGGCAAAAGUUUGGGGGUUUUUUGGUGUCUUUGGUUUAGUUGUUUGGGUUUUUUUUUUUUAAAGCUGCUUUAGAAAUAAUAUGAAGAAUACACGUGAUACACAGUUAAAUAAAGACUGAGGAUUUUGUGUUCUGAUGUGUCUACUCACUGGACUUCCCAGUGUAAUUAAUACCAGGCAAAAAGAAGAGUCAUGCUGACUGUUGGUGAGUUUAUUUUAUUAAAGAGCUAAUGAAGCUUUCCCAUCCUGACUGCAGAAUAGUACAGUAUUGUGGCUGCAUUAGGAAUAAUGAUAGUUAAUAAUACAUUUAUUAAGAAACAUAUUAGAAAUAUUGAAUGUAUAUAAAAGCUUGAACUUCCUUAAUAAAAUCCUCUCCUUUUCCUCUUGCAUUUCUUUUGCAAUAAUUCCUGUCCUUCCUGUUGUUCAUUACACUUCCACAUAAAAUCAUAAGAUUUUUUUUCCCCCACAUAUGCUUUAUAGACUUUGAUGCUCCCAGACUGGCUCAGUGAAACUCCAUCCCCUGUCACUACGUAUGCACACACAGCUGACCACUCCCAACAUACUCAAGCUGUAAAAGCAAACGAUGAAAAAAAAGAAAAGAGAGGAACACUUCUUAAGUUGGUUAGGUGUGGAAGGUCAGAGGACAAAGAAGGAGGAGGUCAAGAAGUAGAAAACAAACAGACCACUGAAAUAUCUCCUUGGUUAAAAAUGGCUGCUACUUGGAAUUUGUUCAUCUCUCAUCCUUUGCCUUAAAAAAAGAUGAUAGAAGGGCAAAGGAAAACAUUACAUACUCCCUCAAAUUGUUCUGCACUGUAAAACUUUGUUAAUUCUGAAGUCAAUCUUUUGCAAAGCAGGAAAUCUGGAGGAGUUUAAGAUGAAUAGUUCAUUUUGCUGCAUUCAGUUUAUUUGAUGUUAGUUCUUUUUCAUUCCACUUAAUUAAGAAAAUAAUGAAAAUAUUUGGCUUCUUAAAACAAAAAAGACCAAAGAUCAUCUGUAAGAUUGCCUAAGGUUUGUAAGAGAUCAGUAACUUAGGAACAGGUUGAAAAGGAAUUAAGAAACUCUGUAAGUUAGGUACUCUGAAAUCAGAGCUAACAGUUCUCAGUAGAACAAGCACUGGAUCCACCAAAGGAGUAGGUGGGGCUGGGGAAGCAAGACAAUAGAGAGAUAAAAAAGGGGGCUGGAAGAUGUGGAGAAUGACAACAGUAGGUAAGAGAAAUCUAGUUUCGUUUGAUGCAGCUCACCAUGGUGGCUGGAAAAUAACUUAAUUAAUGUGUGCACUACGUGACUAAAAUGAUUUAAAAUUGCCAAUUACAAAAUAAUUUGUGAGUUCCUAUAAAAUCAUCCAAUUACUAGAAAAGCUACAUGUGACUGGGGUAGGCUUGCACUAAUAAGGAGAAAUGAUGGGGAGUGGGGGGGAAAGAAAUAUACCUGAAACCAGAUGUGCAAAGAAAAUACAAAGGUGAUGCAGUUCACAGAACGUAGACCCAGUACCCUCAAUCCUUGUGUGUGUGCAGUGUCCCUAGCUGAGGGGAGUCAGCUACACCCAAGGCCUGCCUGCUUUGACCCUGAAGCAUGACACUGCUUAGCUGUGCACCUGCACUCCGCAAGCCUCAAAGUCCUGUUCUUUAAAGCUAUUCUGAAGUAGCACAGUUAAAGCCUAUCUCCUUUCAUCCUCUCUCUGUCUUUAAACAAGCUAGCAAAAUGAUUUCAGUUGUAUUAAGAGUUUACAGCUCAGUACUAUAUGAAUAAUCUUUUGAUUUAUGAGUAUAAACAAUUAUUUCUCGUUGCAAAUCCUGAGCUUUGUUUUUCAUUCCUAUCCCUCUUAAAACCAAGGCAAAAAUAAAAGGAAGAUAAAAAAAGCUACUUUUAAUCUCUGUUUGGUUUAAACCAUACUCCUAUAUUAAGUGAAUGCAGCUUCGUCACACAGUGAAAUCUUGUUUCAAAAAGUUACACAGCAUUAAGAAUUUCACAUAAAAAGUGUAUUUUUUUAUAAUUUAAAUAGAAAUUUUUUUUCCUUUUUUUUUUUUUUUUCCUUCUGAAUAUUUGAAUUUUAAUUAUCACCAGCGUAAAUGUACAUAAGCAGAUAGCCUUUAUCCAGUACUUUUGGUUGAUGUAUGUAUGGUAUUGUAGUUUGUCAGUUUAUCAUCAUUUAAUAUGGUUACGUUGUUCUCUGUCUUUACAAAAUGUUAUAAGAACAUGCUGCCAUUAAACUUUCCGUGUCUGUCUAGUUAAUAUCGUGAAGAAUAAUAAAGCACACUGUGAGUUA